AUGGUGAGACACAUCAUCAUCAUUUUCGCGAGUUUCGCCACGGUUUUUGGCACCUACGAUCCGGACUGCUCGGCGGGACCAUCUUUCGACGGUACUUGUGACGCUAGCCAAGUCUACGAUGCGGAUACGGCAGAAUGUUAUUCCCUUGAAUGUCUAUAUCCAUCGACAACAACCGAAGAACAAACUACACAAGCCAACACUGGGACCCCUGGUACGGGCUCCACAACCACCGGGCCGACUACAGUACCCCAAACUACCGUACCACCUACGACUACUGUACCCAAGACUACGCAACCCGUCACUACGCCAGCGCCUUGUGUCGACACUAAUGCAAACUGCCCGACCUGGAUCAAAAACGGUUUCUGCAAGAGCACCUUCUACACUGAUGCCCAAAAAUUGGCAUAUUGUGGAAAGGGAUGCGGGCUGUGUACGGUACCCGCGUGUUCUGAUAUUGAUCCGGAUUGCGGUACCUACGUGAAAAACGGUUUCUGCAAUUCGACACGAUACACCCUAGAACAGAAACAAGGUCUUUGCCCCUAUUCGUGCAACAUUUGCCCGGCAUCUACAACUGUCCCAAGUGGCCCUGGCAGUUGCAGUGACUCGGAUUCUCACUGCCCGAAUUGGGUGAAGAACGGCUUCUGCUCCUCCUCUGGCUAUACUGCUGCUCAAAAACAACUCUUCUGCGCCGCCAGUUGCAAUCUGUGCUCGGGAGGUGGAGGUGGCACGACAUCCAGCACAUGUCUUCAAGACCAAAAUACAAACUGCGCCGCCUGGGCCGCCAACGGAUUCUGCACCAACACCGCCUACACCCCCGAACAAAUCGCGUCUUAUUGCUGCAAGACUUGCGCC